AUGAGUGCCUGCUGGCCGCUGAGAGUGAAAUGCAACUAUCGUCAUAAGGACGGCCAGCCUCUGGGCUGUGGCCCCGCCACCAAGGACAUCAGACAUGCAGUGCUCCUAUUCCCAGGGCCUUCACCUGCAGCAGGCACUACACCUGGUUUCCGUAGCCCCUCCAAGAAGCUGUGGUUCGCCAUCUUGAGUGCUUCUGACGAUGGACAUGGGCCCAUCGGGACCGCGAGAGUGAUGUCGGCCCAGGAGCUCGUGCCCUGCCUCUGCAGGCAGGGGGACCAGCACCUAGACCUGGGGGAGCCCGAGCAGGCCACCGCCUUCUACCUGGCUGCGUUCAGCUGCCACGCCCCCACGGCCGUGCGGAGCGUGCGCACUGCCCUGGCCGAGGCGCGGGGGACACCUGUGGUGGCCACCUUGGAGGCCUGGUGCCGCGGGGACAGCCAGAUCCCCGCAAUCCACUGGGACGGCAUGGCGGUGGUCUCCCUGACGGGGACCCUGGCCUCCGCCUUCCUCGGCGCGGUUUGCCCUGACCACCCGGCCGCGGUCCUGCACUUGCUGGCGGGCCUCCUGGCACGCGGGCGCCAUGGUGAGGUGGUGCAGCGCUGCGGAGCUCUGCUGGAUGCCCACUCCCAGCAAGCCCUGGAGCUGCGGCUGACCCGCGCCCUGGCCUGGGUCCUGUCCGGGGCACAGGCGGGCGACGGCAUGGCCGACUACCUGCAGGCCUUUGCCUCCAGCGCAGACCGGACGGUGGCCUUCAUCCGCACCCACCAGCAGCCCUACCUCCCCAUGCUGCUGAGCACCCUCCAGAACUACAUCUCAGGGACCCCGGGGCACCCAGACAGCACUGGCCAGCAGGAAACCCAAUGCCAGCGACUUCUGGUAGCUCUGGACCCAGGGGGUACCUGGAGUGAUGCCCUGACCCCCGAAGCUCUGCUUCUCUGUGGCAGGUAUGAGGACUGCCUGGCAGCCUGCAGCCAGGCUCUUGAGUCCCACCGGAUGGGCACCAGACCCCAAGGUGAGCGCCUGGCCGCCCUGCUGGUCACUCGAGCGGCCGCGGCUUUCUUACUGGACGGCCGCGCCCAGGACAUGCUCCAAGACUUACAUGAGGCCUUCGGCGAAAGCCCCUCCGGAGCGCGGAAGCAGUUCCAGGCUAUACUCUCGGCCGGAGACCAAGAGCGCAUCCGGGCCCAGGCCCAAGAGGUGGCGGACGUGGGCUUCGCCCGCUUCCAGGAGACUGUGCGGAGCCGCCUCGAGCUACGCGAGGACCGGGGCCGCGAGCUGCUGGUCCCAGUUACCCGCGCUCUCCGCAUCCUGCUUCGCUUGGCGCCCUCCGGGGCGCGACCUGUGCUGGGAGCCCGCCUAGCCGAGUGUCUACUGCUGGCCGGGGACGUAGCGAACGCCCGAGCGCUUUGCGAACGUCUGCUGCGGCCCCCGCGCGCCAGGGACCGUGCUAGUGACCACGCUGGGGACCGCGCGCACCUGCUGGCUUUGCGCGGCUUCUGCGCGCUGCACACAGGCGACAGACGGUGCGCCCGGCAGGAUUUCCAGGAGGUAAUGGAGCAGCAAGCACCGCACCCAGGCGGCUGCGUACGAGCGCUCUGCGGCCGUGGGCUGCUGCGGGUGCUGGCCGGCAGCACAUUCCUGGGCACUCUGGACUAUGUCACCGCGUGCCGGCUGCGCCGGGAGGAGGCGCUGCUGGCCGCCAAGGCUUACGUGCCUUGGAACCAGCGGGGGCUGCUACUGACUGUGCUGCGGGAGGAGGGCCGCAGGAUGCUGCACCGCAGGUCAGACCCUGGGCCUGUGCGCGCGCUGGGCCGCCAGAGUAAAGCUUCGCUGACUGACAACGCCGCUGAGCAGGAAGGGGAUGCCCAUGGUGUGUACCAGCUGGCCACACUGCUGAUGGAGCUGGACGUGGAAGAUGAGGCCUCACGCCUCCUGGCAACUGAUGCCCUGUACCGCCUGGGGCGCCUGGAUGAAGCCCACAAGGCCCUGCUCGUGGCCCUUUCUUGGAGACCCCAGGCUGCCCCUGUACUGGCGAGGCUGGCUCUGCUGCAGCUCAGGAGGGGUUUUUUCUAUGAUGCCAACCAGCUGGUGAAGAAGGUGAUCCAGUCUGGGGACACGGCCUGCCUCCAGCCCACCCUGGACGUCUUCCGCCAUGAGGACCGGCAGCUGCUGCGAGCCCAUUGCCACGAGCGAGCCAUGACCAUCCUGCGGGCACAGCCGGGUGGGGACGACAGUGAGACCCACACCAGAGAGGCAAUUGCCUACCUCUCUCUGGCCAUCUUCGCUGCAGGGAGUCAGGCAAGCGAGUCCCUCCUCAUCCGAGCCCGCUGCUAUGGGUUCCUGGGCCAGAAGAAGACCGCCAUGUUCGACUUCAAUUCCGUGCUACGCGCCGAGCCAGGGAACGUGCAGGCACUGUGUGGGCGGGCGCUCUUGCACCUGACCCUGGACCAGCAGCAGGAAGCCUUAGACGAUAUUGUCUCUGCUCUGAAGCUUGACCCAGGGACUGUAGUCCCUGAGAUCUGCUCUUUGAAGCCAGAAGCCCAGACCUUCAUCACCCAAGGCCUCUACUCUCGCUGCCGGACCAUUCUGAGCCAGCCACCACCAGACACUGAGGCCCCCCUCAGGGACAAGAACACUCAGGGCCUCCUUGCUAUGGGAAAGGCCCUGAUCAAAAUUGAUGCUGGACAGGCAAGCUGGCAUAUCCUCCUCACAGAUAUUCUCACUGCACUGGGCAGCUAUGAAGAGGCUGACACCCACCUGCAGGAAGCUCUAUGCCUGGGCCCACUGUCAGAGGCAGCCCAGGCCCGACUGGGCCUGCUCAGGCUCAAGAAGGGAGACUUGCAGGCUGCAGCUCAGGACCUGCAGUGCCUGGCUGAGACGGACCCCAAGGACCUUGGCUUCCUGCUGCAUCUCCUGGAGCCCUCGGAGCAGCAGAGCCUUGCCCAGGCUGCAGCCAAGGAAGCCAGCACCCUCCUGGAUGCAGGGCAGCCCAGGCAAGCACUGGGUUACUGCUCGUUGGCUGUCCUUGCCAGUGGUGGCAGUGCUUGUCACCUGCGUCUGCGAGCUGCCUGCCUGGCUGAGCUGCAGGAGUUUGGCCGGGCACUCAGGGACCUGGAGCAUGUGCUCCAGGAGGGUGCACAGGAUGGCGACCUUCCAAGGCAAGCAGAGGACUUCUGCUCCCAGGGCCGUCUGCUGCUGCGCCUGGGUGAUGAGGCCAGAGCUGCUGUGGCCUUUACCCAGGCCCUUAAGCUGGCGCCCACCCUGGCCCAGAGCAGCCUGUCGAAACAGCCGGGCCGUGCCUCUACUGCCCUCAUUUUCCUGCACUGUGGGCAGCGUUGCCUGGACGAGCAACACUAUGCAGAGGCUUGGGCGGCGGCUGAGAGGGGCCUCCUGGUAGACCCUGAGCACAGCGGCCUGAAGAGGCUCAAAGCACAAACCCGGAGGGAGGCAUCCUCGGGCUGCCGGCUCCACUGACCACCAGACCGACCCUCUCCCAGGCCCGGUCACAAUGCCACACUGUUCAUUUCAUCCAGCGUCUCUGCCCUGGAUUGUACCCCAGCUCCCCACACCCUUUUCAGCGGCAGGGUGGGUCAGCAUCAGAUAACUAGACUUCCCCUUUUCACCAUAGGGUGUAAAGGAGACAGGUUCUCGCUUGCAUGGAGGGCCUGACUUUGGAAACUUACAGUCUCUUGCUUCAAGGGAUAAAGGACCUGAAAUCGGUCCUCUUAGCCCACACUUGGGGCUCAGGCCUUGAAAAAGCAGCCCAAGUCUUAUCCCUUGGCCUGAGAUCCUGCAGGUUGAGGAGAAUUAAGGUCAGCCCCGGGGAUACGGUGUCAGCCCAGGAAGACCCCCCUUAGGCGUGAAGCCACCUUUGACUCAGACGUUGGCCCAAGCCUCAGGCUGACCUCCAGUAGAGUGUGGGCCUUCCCCAAAGACAAGACUCCCCAACCCUGCUGCCAGGACCGAUAGAGUUGACCUCUCAAAGCAUGUGCAUGGAGGUCAUUCAACAGGGAAUCCAGUGCUCUAGCCUAUCACAGUCCUCCUCCACGGAGCCCUUUCUCCCCAGCAGAGAGACCACCAAGAUGGGCCCUAAGGAGCUGAGUUCCCAGGAAUCUACUUGGCUUACCUCCUUGAGAAGCCAUAGUAAUACAAGUUGGUAUUCUAUGUGGAUUUAGCUUGCCGGCGCAAACUUGCUGCCUGCUGAUUGGCUUGGAAAACCUGUCCUGGAUGGAGCAGAGGAGCCCAGCCUUGCCCCAUCACCACAGGUUUCAUGGAAACAAGGCCAAGCUAGAACGUUUUCUUUCCCGAACGUGAACAAGAGACAUGGGCAGGCCAGCUCAGCAUGAAGCAUGACCCUGAGCCCCUCCCCAAGUUCUGCCUGUGGCUACAGGGCCACAGCUGCCUGGGCUUCCCUCAGUCUUCUUGACACUUUAAUUUGCCUCCUCUCCUUGCCAUCCCCUUGUUUGGGCUCUUCCUUUUGUAGUCCUGCUGCCCUCUCCUCACUCACCUCCUGGAGACAUCUGAGGGACCCCAGUCCUUGCCUUUUACCAAGGUAGUGGCCUGGUACCCCCAUCUCUGCACACCCACAGGCAGCAGGUGGGGUUAGUUGCCCUCUUCCUUCACCCUCGGUCCCACUUGUCCCACCAUGGUGUGGGGCCCUCAGCCCUCCAUUUUCGCCUGUCUGGAGCUGCGUGGAGCUCUCUGGGCCCUACUCCAGUUUCUCCUCCUUUCCUGCCCCCACUUGGAAUCUUUAAGUAGUCCCACUUUUCAAGAUUCCCCAAGGCACAGUCCUCUCCAGACCACUCCCUUAUCUGUUCAUCUCCCCCUCUGUCCUCUGCCUCUUUGUCCAUCUGUGCAUUCAUUGGUUCAGUAAGAGCCAGGUGUGGGGCCAGGCUGGCUCAGGUGGGAGAGUCUCCAUGAUGGCAGUAAGGUGAGAGGCCAGGGAUACAGGGAAGACCCAGCCCCUGAGCCAAGCAGGAGUGGAAGCAGGGGGGAAGCAUCACCUGGGGGUGCCCUCUCUGGCCUUCUGGAGACUUUGCUCCUGCUGUCCUUCCCACCUGAGAGGUCUUGCCCAUUUGUUCACACAAGGUUAUCUUGAAGCUUGUCCCUGAACUUGCAGAUACCCAACUCCAGCUGAAGCCCUUUCAGCGCCUCCCCCAACCCCUCUCAGUCCACUGAUGUUUCUUCCUCUCCAAGAGGCAGGACCUGCCAUUGGACAACAUACCACACUAUCUCCUUACCUGAUAAUUGCUACAGUCUAAAUGUUUGUGCUUCCCCCUCAAAUCCGUAUGCUGAAAUCCCAACCCCCAAGGGGAAGGUUUUGGGAAGUGAUCAUGAGGAUGGAGCCUCAGCGAGUUAGUGCCCUCAUAAAAGAGGCCCCAGAGCACUCCCUCACCCUUCCUGCCAAGUGAGGGCACAGGAGGCACCAGCUAACAAGCAGGAGACCCUGAAGCUGCUGGUGCCUUGAUCUCAGACUUCCAGCCCUCCUGUAUUGUGGGAAAUUCAUUUCAGUGGCUUAUAAACACUGGUCUAAGGUAUUUUGUCACGGAGGUGGACUGUACUGACACACCGACUCCUUCCUGACAGCAGACUGCUGGCCCCUGAGGAAAAGGGGCAGGUCUUAGUUCCCAACUUCCUCCCCACUGGGGCCCAGCCCAGGCUUUGCCCAUAGCUGUUGCUGCAGGGCUGAGCAGGAACCAGACCCAGCAGCCUCUCCACCUGCUCAGCAAAGGGUUCCAAGACCAGUGAUGCAUUCCCUAAGACCCAGGAGUACAGCCUUGGGGGGCAGUUCUAGGCUGCUCUGGCCCUGGGCCUUCCAAGAGCUCAAGCUCUUUGCAGAUCUGCCAUACCUUCCAGGGCUACCCUAGGCUGUCUCCAAACUGUGCCUGAUGACCAAGAACAGUUCCUUUGCUUGUACAGUUUCCCUCCCCACAUUUGAAAAAAUGUCUUGGGACCAGCAGGUAUGUGGCGAUUAAGGCACUGGACAC